AUGUUAUGUAAGGCGACUGCUAUUGAUGCUUUCGAUGCCUCUGAUACCACUGCUGCUAAUAAAGAAGACACCAAAGAUAAUGCUUGUCCUGCACUCUUCGUCCAGGAACCCCAUCCUUUGGGUAAAUUUAAGGAACUUGCCAUGAGACAGGUCAUGAAAGUCAUGAAAGUGGCCGUCAAGCAAAGAAAGGUGCGGUCCUCCUUGAAAGGCAAAGAAGUUCUUGAUUUUGUUCCUUAUCGCCCACAUUCUCCUUUCCAUAGUGCGCCAUCGAUGUCUCAACUAGUUACACAAUUUCCAUUAGCCCCUUCUAUCUCUAAGGUUAAGGGAAAAGAGGUGCCUCUUCAUAGACCUUCAAGUGCCACCAUAAAUAAGCUUCCCGUAAGCAAUUCAGUGUCUGAAGUCUUUGAUGCUACCUCCGCUACCUCCAACAAGCUAACUGUCACUGAUACCAAGCCAUUUGUUCGCAAGGUAAAAGAUGUCGAGCUUGAAGAAGGUGAAACGAUCAACCCAUGCCCACCGCUUCAUCAAACCCAACAAGCAUGCUCAAGAAAUAACAACGAGCUUUCAUGCUUCAAACAUAAUGAAGCACAUGGUAAUCAAUCUGUCUCCCGUUCUGCAGUCAAAGACACUGCUAUUAAUUCCACAGCAGCAUCAACCAAGAGGGCGUUGUCUGCCACUGCCCCAAUUUACUACACCGACAAGCAACGAACCAGUGAUAAGCCAUCUGAAUCGGUCACAGCUUGGAAGACUUUGCUUUCUCUUGGUGAUAUGCUCCUAGCUAGUCUCAACGCCCAGGAGCAAUAUCUUUUAUAUGGUAUCUGCCUCCGUUUGGUUGCGAUGGUGCGUUUCCGCAUUCUUGACAGGAUGCAAGGUGAAGUUCGGAGCGUUCUGGCCAGACACUUGCAAGCUCCUUCAGUAAGCGACGACCUCCAGUACACCAAGAUGUCGCGCAACUUGCUGGAGGAGUACGAGCAAUCUACGGUCAUGAACGCCUCCUCGAAGGAGUACUUAACUACGAGGUAAUGACCAGCAAGUUGCCAUC